CGGAAAUAUGCAGCAGCAAUUCUUUCUAGAAGUCUGUAGCAGCCUGUCGCUAGCCCACGCUAGCUAGCUUUAUCUGAGUUAGUGUUGGCCAUACACAGCCAGCCGCUGCACUGAACAGAACUACAUAUUUCCGAAAAGAGCAGCCUUCUUUUGUUGUAUGCUUUUUGGAUUCAAAAUUCGGGUGAGCUUCGUUUAGCCCACGAACUUAGCCGAGUCAUAUUCCAAGCUAACGCUGUUUACGUUAGGUUCUUGCUGGCAUUAUGUCCAGAAUAGACUACAGCGUGUGGGACCACAUUGAGGUGUCAGACGAUGAAGAUGACACCCAUCCAAACAUCGACACACCCAGCCUCUUCAGAUGGAGACACCAGGCACGCGUGGAGCGAAUGGAAGAAUUUGAGAAAAAAGGUGAAGAAUUUAACAAGGCACUCACUGACUGCCGGCGUAAGCUAGCAGAGGCACAAAAGAAAGUACAAGAGCUGACCAUUUCAGAAACAGAUGAUGCCAAAGCAGAGCUGAGCAAAGCCCAGGCUGAGGAGAAGAAACUGAAAAAAGAGGAACGUGAGUGGGCGAAGAAGAUGGAUGACCACAACCGGGAAGAGAAGAAGAUGCCAUGGAACGUGGACACGCUCAGCAAGGAUGGUUUCAGCAAGAGCAUUGUUAAUGUCAAACCUGAAUCUAAUGAAGAGACUGAAGAAGAGAAAGAGCAAAAGCAUAAAACCUUCGUGGAGAAAUAUGAGACGCAGAUCAAACAUUUCGGCAUGCUGCGACGUUGGGAUGACAGCCAGAAGUACCUGUCUGACAACCCUCAUCUUGUAUGUGAAGAGACUGCCAACUACCUGGUCAUCAUGUGCAUUGACCUUGAAGUCGAGGAGAAACAUGCAUUGAUGGAGCAAGUGGCUCAUCAGACCAUCGUCAUGCAGUUUAUUCUAGAGUUGGCUAAAAGCCUCAAGGUGGAUCCACGCGGGUGCUUUCGUCAAUUUUUCGCCAAGAUUAAGACAGCAGAUCAGCAAUACCAGGAAGCUUUCAAUGAUGAGCUGGAGUCAUUUAAGGAGCGGGUUCGCAGCAGGGCGAAGAUCCGCAUAGAAAAGGCCAUGAAGGAGUAUGAGGAAGAGGAACGACAAAAGCGCCUGGGACCAGGAGGGCUAGAUCCUGUUGAAGUGUACGAGUCCCUGCCAUUGGAGAUGCAGAAAUGCUUUGAUGAGAAGGACAUCCAAAUGUUACAAGAAGUUAUUAGCAAAAUGGACCCAACGGAGGCGAAGGCUCACAUGAAGAGGUGCAUAGACUCAGGGCUCUGGGUCCCCAACUCCAAGACAGACGAUGGGGAUGAAAAAGAGGAAGAUGCUACCUAUGAGGAGGUGAAACAGGAGCAGGAAGAAACUAAGAAGGAAUGACCAAUGUUGAUCCUAUCAAUUGUUGCUUGUGCAAAUGUGCUUACCCACUGUAUUGCAACUCCACUAUGUGUAUGACUAGUUUGCCAAUCAAGGAACAAUGAAAUAACUUGAUGAAAAUUUUUAGCUGAGACUUAAGGGAUUACUGUUCACUGAACUACACAACUACAUUGCAUCAGUAUCUCCUGCUUGGAAAAUAAACAGCUGGUUGUGUUUAGGUCUUUUAUUUGUUUGGACAUCACAAAAGUUGUAUUCUUACAUUUCUUUGUAUUCACCUGUUUAUUUGUGUGGGUACGUAGGUGUACACAUGCCUGCAUAUAAUUGUUUUGUUUUCCAUUUCAUUUACAAAUUUAAGAUGUGUCUGACUUUCAGGGCUUGAGUAAACAAUUAAUUGAGACAGUUAUUUGACAUUUUUUACAAACUUGCUGAAGUAAAGGUUGAAUUAUAUCCAGCUACAUAAGGCUGAGGUGUCGUGGUUAUGUCUGAAGACUCCAGAUUUGUGUGACAUGUUUUUCAAAGCAUAAAGUUAGAGAUCAUAAAUGUGAAUCACAAGAAAAUUAUCAAUCUGUGAGACCUGUAGUGUUGGUAACGACUACUUUUUAAUAUGGAGUGAAUGCAUGUGUGCAUGUGUUUUCUAAUGAAGCAUUUGGUAUUUACAAAUUACAUUUGCCCUACAUAGAGAUACAGUGCUACAGAGGGUAAAGAGAUGCAUAUGCCAUGACAUUAUACAUUGCAAGACAACAAUCAAUAUAAGUACAAAGAGCAGUCAGUUUCAGGCCUGAGGGUGAAUGCUUACGCUGGCUCCACCCAUACUGUAGCUUAAUAUGGCCUAACCAUUGGCGCACAAUGGGCAAGAGACCUAAGUGCGUCCUUGUAGGGCUUGGGGUUGACUGAUGGUUUACAUAGACCCCACUCGUUCCCAUCUUGGCCAAAUUAGAAUUAAAUAAAAGGGACCAUGCAGGUCCUCAGAAUGAUUGUUCACAUGGGCCUCUGUUCGCUUAUGUGAUACAUAAAAGUGCUGAGUAGGUGUGGUUGGAUUCAAUACUGCUAAUGCUUUUAUUUUGAAAGUUAGAGUGUUUAGUUGAAAUUUGAUCAGAGCUGAUGCAAUUAAAAAUAAAUGAAGCAAAACAGUUUUUACAAAUGCA